AUGGCGGACGGGGCGGGCGGCGAGGGCCGCGCCUCGCACGGCAUGGAUCCCAAGGACUUCCAUCACACCGGGUUGAGGUUGGAGUGGGGCCACGCGCACGCGCCGGACGGGUUCGAGGUCUUCUCCCUCGCCGUCUCCCCGGACGGCACCGCCGUGUGCGCGGGAGGCGCGUGCCCCGCCGACCCGGGAUGCGCCCGGGUGUGGGUGUGGCUCCUCGGGGAGGAGGACGCGGUGUCGGAGGAGACGAUGACGCGCCGCGUCGACAGGGCGAGGUCGGGAGCGCGCGCGUCCACCGCGGCGGACGUCGCCGCGUCGAGCACCGCGCGUCGCGCGCACGUCCUCCGCGCGGAAGGAGCCGUCGCGGCGUUAUCCGUCGCCGUCGCCGGAGACGUCGUCGUGAGCGGCAUGGCGGACGGGAGCGUGUGGGCGUGGAACCUCCGGGACGGGACCCUUCGAUGGGGCGGCCGCGAGUGCGACCCGCACCCCGCGCUAGCCAAGCUCCCGAGGAGGCGAAGGCGCGAUCGGAACCCCUUCGCAGCGUUCGUCGGGCGCGUCGACCCGGGCGGGUUCGAGCCGAGGCAGGUGCGUUUCCUCAUCGCGCCGCCCACACCCCCGCCGGCCGCGAACGCCGCCGCCCGCCUCCCCGGAACGCGUUUCGAUCCCCGAGACGCGGCGCACCUGGUCGUCGGGAGCGUCGGCGGUCACGCGGUGUUCCCCGUGUGGGACGCCGGCACCGGAGAGCCCCCGAGCGGCGAAUCAGAUCGUUCGAUCCCCGAGCUGGGCGGACACGGGCGGGGGUGGGAGGAGGACUCGUCCACCAACCGUCGGUACGCGGAAGAACCCGCCGCGUCGUACGCCCGCGACGAUCCGUGGCGCGGCGACGGCAGGGACGGGGGGGACCAAAUCGCCCCGCACGUCGCCUCGUCCGGGGACGGCCGCGUCCUGUACGUCACGAGUUUGGACGCGAAGGAGGUGAGGGCGUGGCGCAUUCGUUCCGGGGGCGGCGACACAGCUGUGUUCGGUACUAACGGCGCGGCGACGCGCGCGUGGACGUCGGAGCGUCUGGCGGUUCGGGGUCUUCGACUCGCGGGUUUGACGUCGCUGCCGAGGACGCGCGGUGUUCGAAGAGGCGACGCAGCCGGCGGCGACGCCGCCGGCGGUGAGUUGGUCGCGACGUGUUGCGCGCCGAUGGUGGACGGCACGUGUUACGCCGCGCCGGACGCGCCCAUCAAGGUGGUGCUCAUCGACGCCGAGGACGGCCAGGAGGUCAGACGGUUCGAACUCGAAGGGGUCACCGCGUGCAACAGGUUCAUCGACUGCGGGUCCUUGGCGGGUGGCGGUGGCGGGACCUUGCUGUUCCUAGCGCACCGGGACGGGUCCAUCUGGAUCCACGCGGCGAGGAGCGGGGCGCAAAUCGCCGCGCUUCACGCGCACUCCACGUGGGCGGGAACGAGCGGCCACCACCGCCUGUUACCGGCGUGCGUCGCCAUCGUCGGUGACGGCGAGUUUCUGUGGGCCGCCACCACGGACGGGCAGUGCGUGCACCGGUACCAGGUGGGCCCGCCGCGGACGUGGACCCGGGCGUCGCACCGAAGGUUCCCAGCCGCGUUCAGGCGGGCGGUGAAAACGCUGGUGACGAGCGUGCACGUGAGGAACGCGCGGGGGCGGGCGGGCUUAGGGGGUCCUUUAGGGAGUGCAGGCGCGGUGCUGAUGAGCGCGGGGCCGGGGCUCAGGGGCGAGCAGAUCGGGGACGGGUUCAGCGGGAAGGGCGCGGCGCAGCUGUGGGGCGAGGGCUUCGCCGAGGUGUGCGCGAUUGAGCCAGCCAUCUUGGAGCUGGUGGUGGCGAGGAUCGCGAGGCUGACGCACGGGAGCUGCGUGGAGACGUGA